ACCAGGCUGCUGAUUACCAAGAUGGACUAUGCCAAGAAGUCACUAGGCCUGCUGUCCCCAAGCUCCCUCUCCAGGUGUGUUUCUGUCAGUGCCUCCAUGACCCAGCAGCUGCUGUCCAGUCCUGUCCCCAAGGCCCGGCCCUAUCGCAUCUGCAACUGGGACCGUAGCAUCCGCAAGGGCCUUGUGGCAGAGAGUCUGAGGGACCUGCUUGACAAGGUUCGUGCCACGAUGCUGAUGGUGGGCACCAUUUCACUUGUCCUGGAUGAGGAUGGCACCAGUGUGGAGACAGAGGAUUUCUUCCAGAUGCUGGAGGAGGGCACUGUGUUCAUGGUACUAGGCAGUGGGCAGACAUGGCGUGCAGCCAAGAUGGCAGGGUACCAGCUGUCUCUCUCCCGCAAGCCCCGCCGGAGGAUUGAUGUGGCUUGUGUGACUUUUGACCUAUACAAGACCAACCCCCAGGAUUUGGGCUGCUUGAACGUCAAGGCCACGCUCUAUGGCACAUACAGCAUGUCCUAUGACCUGCGGUGCUAUGGGGCAAAGAGGCUCAUGAAGGAAGCCCUGCGCUGGACUCUCUUCACCAUGCAGGCCACAGGCCAUGUGCUGCUCGGCACCUCCUGCUACAUGCACCAGCUGCUGGAUGCUACAGAGGAACAGAAGGAAGAAGAGGCCUCUCCUCUGAGGAGCCUUCAGCCCCUUCACUGCAGGAAGAUGCUUCAGUAAGGCCUCUGCCCUUGCGAGUGCCUGGACUCUGUGACAUCUCCCAUUGCCGCAUCUGCCCAGGAGCGUGAGGUGGAGAGUGGGAGCGUCAGCACUACUCUGGCUAGGAGGGCCCAGCUCCCCAGGGCAGGUUCCCUUGGGCUCUUGCAUUCCUUGUGCACUCAGCCUUCUGCCUAGGGCUGACAGCC